AUGAUUCCAGACAAGACUGCGCUGCUGAAUAUCGCAGGCAACUACUUCUACGGCCAGCCCAUACUCUUCGCUGACGGCUGCCAGUUUUGCCCCUCCGAAAUCAACCAAACCCGCAUUUUGGACCUGCAAGGCCUCACGUCGUAUGGCAAGGGCCGUUGUUCAGUUGACUGGGGGACCACAGCGCUUGCGUUUGAACGCUCAGCCGCCAACAAGCGAGGCCAAGCGAGCCUGCGCGGCAACUGCUUCAGUGUGGGCGAGCAGCAGAGCUGCACGGCGAAUGAGACGCAGCGCAGCGCUGCGGAGUGCCGGGGCUUCUGCAGCCUGUCGGAGGAGCUGGGGCCGUGCGACGGGCACGGCGCAUGUGUGCCGGUGGUGCAGACGGCAGGGCCGGGGGAGGGGUUCGUGUGUGAGUGCGAGGAGGGGUACGUGGCGGUCAAUGGCAGCUCUGGUCCCACGUGUGCUCGCCCGCCCCCGCCCCCCUCCUCAUCGCUCUCUACCGGCGCACUGGUGGGCAUUGCUGUGGGCUCAGCUGCGGCUCUUUCCCUCCUCCUCGCUCUCAUUGUCGUCGUGAUCUGGCCCAAACAGCGCAGGAGGUGGGCAGGGCUGGACGUAUGUCGCGAAUUCAGCAUGGGGGACAUCCUCCGAGCCACGGACAACUGGGCGAGCGCCAACGUGGUGGGGAAGGGGGGCUUCGCCACGGUCUACAAGGGCGUGGCACCCACUGGCGAGCUCUGGGCUGUAAAGCGCAUCAGCCUCAUGUCCAACGACUUUGAGAACGAGGUGCGGGCGAUGGCAUCGCUGCGGCAUGAGAACGUGGUGCGGCUGCUGGGCUUCUGCCUGCACCAGAGUGCGGAGAGCGGGCGGCAGGAGCAGGUGUUGGUGUACGAGUACGUGCCCCAUGGGGACCUCAAGCACCACAUCCACCACUCCAACUCCCCACUGACCUUGCAGCAGAGGUUGAAGCUGGCAGCGGGGGCAGCGGAGGGAGUGGCCUACCUGCACAGCUUCACGACGCCCAUCAUCCACCGCGACCUCAAGCCGGGAAACAUCCUGGUGGGGGAGCACAACCUCGCCAAGAUCGCCGACUUUGGGCUGCUCAAACUGCUCUGCCAUGCUGACGGGGGCGAUGAGCGCACGCGCGUGGCAGGCACUCCGGGCUACCUGGAUCCGGAUUACAACCGCACGCACGUGGUGUCGGAGAAAAGUGACGUCUACAGCUUCGGGGUGGUGCUGCUGGAGCUGCUGACGGGGCGCAGGGCAGCAGUGGAGGGCACCGACAGCCACAUCAGCGAGUGGGCGGCACAGAAGGUGCAGCAGUACGAGCUGGGAGAGCUCAAGGACCCCACACUGGAAGCUUCAGAGGACGCCAUCGUCGAUUUUGCAGACGUGGCGCUGGACUGCCUCAAGAUGCCCGCCUCCCGCCGCCCCUCCAUGCAGGAUGUCGCCCACCGCCUGCACGGCCUGCUGGCCCAGUACUGCGCUGAUGACGGGCCCGAUGAUUCCCAAGCCAGCCCGCGCGUGGAGACAGAGAGGGCGUUCGUUGGUGGUGGGGAGAACAGCACCACAGGGUUGUUUGACAGCAGCUUGUGGUCCGAAGGGCCGAUCGAAUGA